AUGGGUCUUUCAAGUUGGUUUCAGGAUCUUGGUGUUCCGUGGAAAAUAUCCAUUGGAAUUCUUAGUGGCGUUGCAGUGGUGACAAGCGCUUACGGAGUGUACACACUGUACAACAAUCAUAAGUCAAUCGAUGAAAAGAAGAAAUCUGACGAUAGUGAGACAGCUGGGGAAGCAGCAGAGAAAAAGGUUCUAGUACUGGGACUGGAAAACUCUGGAAAGAGCACAUUUCUGGCCGCUUUGGCUCAGCACGACAGCCCCGUAACAUCUGAGCGCGAAGAUAGCCAGCCAACCCAAGGUUUUCAUAUUGUUUGUGUAUCAACCAGAGGCGUUAGCCUAAAUGUUUGGGAAAGUAAGUAGGCUUUUUCAUCGCAGAUAACGAGAGAAACACAAUGCAAACAUGGGUUAAUUACGUACUUCGCGCCAUAUUAGUAUUGUAUUGUCAGUUGUAAUGGAGAGCUUUGAAGAUUGGUGAUUUACACAAGCCUCUGAACACUGUGUUUAUACCUUUGUAAACUCGAUCUAGGUGCACUUUUUCUCACACAUUAGCUGGUUUUCCAAGACGAAGUAACAUCUUCCAUUUAAUACAGUAGCAGUAACUAGUAAAUGGCUCUUUUUAAGAGAUUUUCCCUCUAGUUCCAUCUUCACUAAUUCCUUGUCGAGUUUACUCGUAAACUCGUCUAUAUCUAUCUCUGUCCUUGACAACCAAAAACUGCCAAGUCACCUUUUGGAAAAAGGCGAGAGAAAAUGGCCAUGUUUCUGUGACUGCAUGACCAAGACUGAUGAUCAAGGAAAACUUGUGGAGAAGAAAGGGAUAAGUAAGACAGUGGUUAAUCACCUUAUUUAUGAGGCUUAUUUUAUUUCAAAACAUUUGAUGGAAUAUGCCUCACCCACAGAUCACACAAUCCUCCCUCCUCCUACCCCAAGCUCUGUCUCUUUUUCCAACACUGAGCUAUAGAGAAUUUAUGGAUAAGCAAGACUGUGUCUCAGGUUCAAUUGUGACAAGUGUCCUACUUAAUGCUGAGACUGUAAUGUAGAAAUCAUGAUGUAUGUGACCAGAAAAAGAAAUAUGGUAAGAUUUAAUGAAUAAAGGGGGUAAGUUUCUAAAGAAACUGUGGUGCUUCAUGGGUGGGAGAGUAUAACAGGGUAAUUUAGUAUUAACAACUGGGUUGAAAACAUAAAUUGGCCUCCGUAAAGAGUUUAAAGGCUGAUGUUUCAAAUGUUAGCCCUUCAUUAUUCAUCACUCUGAGGAAGGGCUUAUGCUCAAAAUGUCAGCCUUGAAACUCUUUAUGUUGGCCAAUUUACGUUUUCAACUCAGUUGAUAACACUUAAUUACCAUGGUGAGAUUUAAGCUUGGUCAUCAAAUUUAAGUAAGAUGUCAUGAACAUGGAGUUGAUUCAUAAAUUCCUCUAUUAGAUGACCCAGCCUAAAGUUCUACACCAUUUUUUAGAUAGUACAAGCCCAAUGUUAGAAAAGCAUAAUGAACAAAUCUUUUCAUUUUUCUUGUUUACCAGUUGGUGGAACGUUUCAAUCUUACUGGCCAAACUUCCUCUCUGAUGUCAGUGUCCUUGUGUAUGUCAUUGACAGUAGUGCUCCUGAAAAGUUUGCAGAGUCUAAAGAUGCCCUGUUGGCAGUUCUUUCAAGGGAGAGCAUCAAGGGAGUCCCCUUGAUAAUACUUGCUUGUAAACAAGAUGCCAAAGGGGCAAAGCCAACACAGGAAGUAGAAUCAUUCUUUGGGCUUCAGGAACUAUCUGCCAGUCGUGAAACUGGAAUUGUUGGUGUUGAGGUCUUGGCCAGUGGAGAAGUCCAUGGAUUGGAAGAGGCCAAAGAACUCAUUUUAAAGUUUUGUGCAGAAUAG